AUACUUUGCCUGUGGCUAAUUUAUUCAUUAAAUACCAGUGCAUUGCUUACUCCAAAUUCAGUUGCCGUUUAGAAUUUUGAUUCAAAGGUUGGGAGAGCCCAAAGUGUGUUAUUGGGUGUGUGAGUGUGUGUGUGUGUGCAUGCAUACGUGUGAGUGUGGGGAUCUCAACAACCCCUGGCCAUGAUAAGAGUCUGAGCUUUGUUGGCGGUAUGGUGGUCUAGCUGAUUGACAAUUGUUUUUUUUUAUUAAAUGUGCAAAAAAUUUCAACUGUCGAAAUUUCAGUGGCUGAAAAUUAAUUAAUUAAUUUUUUUAGAGAUAUAACUAAAGUGCCUUAAAGACAAAAUCGAAAAAAAUAUUUUUGUAAUCAAUCCAAAAAGUGAAAUAAAUUUUGCUCUGGAAUUGAAAUGCCUAGCCUUAGUAUUACCAAAGAAUUUAAGAUGCCUUGCGGCUUUAAGCCUUCCAAGCUGAUAACACAGAUAUCAUGCCUUACACCAAUGAAGCCUACACCUAAUAUUCCUUUGAAAAUCAUCCCUUCAAUUUAAUUGAGUUCCCUCAACACCUCCUCCUCCAACACCUCCACCACUAUUUGCCUCCUUAAAUCGCAAUACAACGAAUAGUUAGAAUUUAAAAAUAACAAAAAAGCGGAUCCUCCUCCACUAACAACCCAACGAAACAUUUCGUGUCGAAAAACAGUGAAUGAAAAGACCUAACUCAACAAUAGAGCCAGCCCUGAAUGGCUGACGAGCAUUAGCGUUUCAACAAGCCGGCUUGAUGUGGCUUACUUACAGCUACUACCUCAAAUAAGCAGCAACUUCAACAUCUUUGCUAUUUCACAUCCACAACAAUCCAAAAGUUUGGUUAAUCAAUCUAUGCCCAAUGCUGGUCUGGUGCGUAUGACACUGCGCAAAGCUUUAAAUGUCUGGCAGAAUAGCUCAAAAUUAACAUUCCGUGAAGUCUACGAUCCGCAAGCGGAUAUACAGGUUCUAUUUGCCAAGCGAGAUCACGGCGAUGGUUAUAAAUUUGAUGGUCCUGGAUAUGUCUUGGCUCAUGCCUUCUAUCCCGGCGUUGGUCGAGGAGGAGAUGCCCAUUUUGAUGAUGAUGAAAAUUGGGCCUAUGAUCCUGAACCGGGUGCUGAUAACGAUUCAAGUGGUACUGAUUUCCUCGGUGUUGCUGUACACGAAUUUGGUCACUCCCUAGGCCUAGGACAUUCCUCUGAUCAAAAUGCCAUUAUGUUCCCCUGGUAUCAGGGCUACACAGCGGACCGGGAAUUACCCGCCGACGAUCGUAAUGCUAUACAGGAAUUGUAUGGAGCAAAGGUGAAAUCCUGGGGUACAUAUCAUGCCCAGCCAAGACCAACAAGGACUACGACAACAACUACUACCACAACCCCAAGGCCAACAAGAACGUAUUAUACAGUUCGCAACUAUCCCAAUUCGAAUCCUUAUCCAUACUCACCGCAACGACCGAAUGAACGUCAUCCGUAUCACAACAAUAACAACAACAACAAUCAUCACCAUAAUCGUAAUCAUCAUGAUCCACGUUAUGACCACUAUACACCAAGAACAUAUUAUCCCGAUUAUAGAACACCGCCAACCACCACCACAACGACGACGACAACAACACGUAGACCUUAUUACAUGACAACACCAUCAACGACAACAACACGUCCGCGGCCGCGUCAUCAUCCCACACAUUCGUAUCCACCGCAACGUACGCCCACCAAGACGCAUCGUCCAUUGAAACCACGUAAACCCAAACCAGAUAGUUGUGCGACCCAUUAUGAUGCCAUAUCGAUUAUACGCAGUGAACUGUUUAUUUUCCGAGGACAGUACCUUUGGCGCAUUGGCGAACGAGGCCUGUAUCCUGGUUAUCCCACCGAAACCAAACGGCUAUGGACUGCUUUACCUUCGAACUUCAGUAAAAUUGAUGCCGUCUAUGAAAACUAUCAGCGCCAUAUUGUCUUCUUUAUUGGUCGUAAAUUCUACGAAUUUGAUUCGGUGACCCUGAUACGAGAAAACUACCUAUCUGCCUUGGGACUGCCGGCAACCCUGCCACACAUUGAUGCUGCAUUUAUUUGGGGUUACAAUAAUCGUACAUAUCUCUUCAGCGGUACUCUGUACUGGUCGUUGGAUCGUGAAACAGGCCGUGUUGAACUUGAUUAUCCACGCGAUAUGUCCAUCUGGUCGGGUAUCGGUUAUAACAUUGAUGCUGCCUUCCAAUACACCAAUGGCAAGACAUACUUCUUUAAGGGCCACUCUUAUUGGGAAUUUGAUGAUAAAUUAAUGCGUGUGGCUCAUCCUAAGCCUAAGUCAUCGGCCAGAGACUGGAUGAAAUGUCCACGCAAUGCCAACGAAGUGGAUGAAGAACAACGAACGGCACCGCUCAUUUCAGAAGUUGAAAAUACAGGAGGAAAUUUCGCUGCAGACCAACCGCGGGGGUCUCUGUACAUGUUGGCCAUGGCAAACAUCAUAACUUUGAUAUGGUCAGCUGGUCUUGUGCGGAGUUGGGAGUUGUGGUAAAUGUCUGCACAGAAAAGUCUGUCACAAAUGACAAUGCCUGACAAAUCCAAAUAAAUAAACUAUAUAUACAAAUAAAUUAGAUAUUUAAUAAUUCUGAAGUUAAUAUUAUAUCGAGGGCAACGUUUUUAAAGCUAGCUGGGUUGUUAUCCAAAGAAUUCCAUCCACAUUGAAAUGAAUUGCUGAAAAUUGCCAAUUGCCUUAAUUACAAAUCUAAUUGAUUAAUAGUAAUUUCAUGUGUGUCCAGGUAGCUUUAUUUACUUCCUUCUUUCUUAGGUCAAGUUUACAUUGGAGCCUCUUAUCAAGAUAAUUGUCAUAUGUCUUUAUGUAUUUUACAUCACAUUAUUCAUUUAAAUGCAGUCUGUCGUGAUACGAGCUUAAAUGUAAACAUGAACUUAGUCAGAUAACCCUUGUUCAAGCCUAAAAAUUUACAAAGAUAUACACCUAAACAAUAAUCCUUUUAAUAUUCAUUUAGUUUAAAUUUUAAGUAAAAUUUUUUAGUGUAUUUACAAUUUUUUUAGUGUUUACUUCUUUUUUUAGUCUAUAUAUAUUUUAUUUUCAAUUAAUUCAAUGGACCCCUAUGGCACUCGUCAAUAAAGAAUGAAUAUAAUUAAUUUUAAAUAUAUUUUAAUUACUAAAAAUUGAUUUAGAAAUAUCUAACAUUUUUACACAAUAUUUUUAUGUAUGUAUAUUUAAGUACGGAUUUUAAUUUGUCUACUAAAUGAUAAACAUUUUGAAAUUGUAUACGAAAAAGCAUUUCUUUCCAAAUAUAUAAGUGCCAUUUUACAACACAUAGACAAGUUUUGUUUGAGCAGUACUCCGGGAAAUAUAGGCACUACUUUAGGCGCAACACCGCAUUGAAAAACAACAAUUUAUAGCGCAAGUACCAUGGUAGAAGAAUGUAGGUAGAUGCAUCAAAGCUUAGGAACAUUGAUAUGUCAAAAUUUUUAAAACGUUUUAUCAAAAAUAAGUAAAUUUUUAUAUGUUUCCUUAUAUGAUAUAAUUCUUAUAAAUUUCAAUAAUUUUUCAUUCAACAUUUCCAAUUCCAAAAUUAGUUUGACAGUUCAUUGUCCCAGCAGCUGUGUCGAUGCGACUACCUGUAUUCUUCUACCAUGGCAAGUACAUAAGAAGCUUGAAGUCAUGGUUUUUGGCACAUUAAUGUCAAAUUAUAAUUGAAAAUGACGGCAGGAUUUUAGUGCGGCUCUGCAUUCCCUUUAUGAAAUAUAACAAAAUAUGCCUAGCCAUGACUUCAAGCUUCUUAUGUACUUAACCAUUAGGAUUGAAGACCAAAGCAAUUCUUGCCUCUUCUAUAUCGUACGCUAUCUUUUAAAAUCAAAGGUAAAAAGGUUUGCAUACACAAAAUCCAGUGAAUUUUAUCUGUCAAAUUCACUUUGAAAUCGAAUCAAUUUUAAUUGACGUAUACACGAUGGAAUUGGCUAUUAAACCUGGAGUUUAAGGUAAAAUGCCUGUAAAUUUAGUCUUUUAAUAGUAUGUUAACAUUAGAGCUUUCUGCCGGGUUAACUUCCUUUAUGAGGAUUUAUUUGACGUAUAUGCAAUGAAACUCGCAAUUUAAAUCUGCUGGGUUUACUAAAUAUGAUUUGGAAUAAACCCAUAUUUUAUGAACAAUUGGUCUGUUUCAGAACUGCAAGAAUGUGAAACUUUUUACUACUAUUACCGAUUUUCCCUUUAUGCUAUCGAAAAAAAAAUUGCAAAACUAGUAGAUUCUUGCAGGUUCUGGAACAACCCUAAUAUUUGUCAAAACGCAAAUCUAAUUUGGCUAAAAUUUGAGACAGGCCUCUAUUCCGUAAUUUAUUUAAAUUAACUCAAAAAAAAAUCGUGAAACACAUUUUAUCUUGAUCAAAUUACGUUUAGAUUUACAAAAUUCACUCGAUCUCAAACAUCAAUUCCAUAGUACAUACCAUGGUAGAAGAAUAUAGGUAGACGCGUCGAUACAGCUGCUGGGACAAUGAACUGUCAAACCAAUUUUGGAAUUGAAAAUGUUGAAUGAAAAAUUAUUUAAAUUUGUAAAAAUUGUUGAAAAUGCGAAUUAUACUCCGAAUGACGUAGUAUAAGAAAACAUAUACAAAUCUACUUAUAUUUGAAAAAAAAACAUUUAAAUUUUUUUGACAUAUCAAUGCUCUCAAGCGUUUAUGCAUCUACCUGUAUUCUUCUGCCAUGGUACAUACGUCAAAUAAUAUCCACUGGAUUUAUGAAUACGAUUUGCGUGCCGUAUACGCUUUGGAAUUGACAUUCGAAUAUGGUAGUCUAAAUGCCUUAAUAAGACUUGUUUACAUUUAAUAAAUCCAGUAGAUUUAACCUGUCAAUUCCAUUAGUAUACGACAAAUCUCAAAUUCAACGGAUUUCGUUUGACACAUACGCAAUGGAAUUGACAGCGGAAAUCCGCUGGAUUUAUAACUUAUUUAUGGCAUUUUAUAGCAUAUUUACUGGAUUUAGAACAAUAUCAAAUAACCCUCAUAAAGACGGCAAUUAACCGUGGAAGUGGGUUCAAUUCGAACGCAUGUUUGUCAAAUAUUUUGGGAUUGAGUCAAUUAUCACGGUUAACCAGGUCGAAAAUUUGUGUUCAAACCUCCUUUAACACGAGAAAAUUCCCAACUUUAAACCUCCUUUAAUACGAGUAAAAGCAACUGACAAACGCAUGAGGAUAAAAGGAUGAAAUAGAUCAAAGCAUCGGCCUGAAAAUACCACACUUUUGAAAAUAUUGGCCGACGAAACGAAAAAUACAACACUGUUGUCAGCUCCAUUUGGAACAGUGUUGUAUUUUUACUUCGAAGCAUGGUAGAAGAAUAUAGGUAGACGCGUCGACACAGCUGCUGGGACAAUGAACUGUCAAACCAAUUUUGGAAUUGAAAAUGUUGAAUGAAAAAUUAUAUAAAUUUGCAAAAAUUGUUGAAAAAUACGGAUCAUAAUAACCUCCGAAUGAUGUCGUAUAAGAAAACAUAUAAAAAUCUACUUAUAUGUGAAAAAACAUUAAAAUUUUUUUGACAUAUAAAUGCUCCCAAGCGUUGAUGCAUCUACCUGUAUUCUUCUGCCAUGCUUCGAAGUCACGAUUUAAGCUUUGCUCUGCUUUAGCCUCAAAAAUCGUAUAUGUAUUUUUGCAAGUUGCCCUGUAUAAACAUGGUAAAAGAAUACAGAUAGUCGCAUCGACACAGCUGCUAGAACAAUGAACUGUCAAAAUUGCAAAUGUUGAAUGAAAAAUUCAUAGUAGAAUUAAGGAGGAAAAGUCAUACAAUCAUAUGUUUGAAUUUUUUUCAAAAUUGUUCAUUUGUUAGCAUCUUAUUGUCAAAAUUUAUAUUUAUAAAUCCAUUGUAUGUACAGAAAACAGAUCUGAUAUUCUUUUAUAAUAUUCAUGGUAGAAGAAUAGAAUAGGUAAAUGCAUCAACGCUUGGGAACAUUGGUAUGUCAAAUUUUUUUAAAUGUGUUUUAUCAAACAUAAGUGCUUUCUUAUCCUACACCAAUCGUAGGUUGUUUUUACAACAAUUUUUUACAAAUUUUAAUAGCUUUUUAUUCAACAUUUUCAAUUCCAAAAUAUUUUUGACAGUUCAUUGUGACAGCAGCUGUGUCGAUGUGACUACCUGAAUUCUUCUACAAUGAUACGUCUUUAAAUUGUCAUGUUGCCAAGCCAUUACCUUAAGGGAAAAAAAUUUGGCAUUUAAAGUACGUUUACACCCACUAAAUUGUGUCAAUUUUAACAAAAUGUCAAUUAUAUUGCAUAUGUCAAAUAAAAUCUUAAUGGUCCAUUUCCAAUGGAUUUCAUUUACCAUAUACGCAUGCGUGUGUAAUGUUUUAAAUACAAAACCUCAACUCGGCUUAACUUUGAUAAUUGAUCAGUCACAAUAAAUUUAAUUUAUAUUUUUAUAGUGUAAUUUAUUGUGACUGAUAAAUUAUAAGGCUUAUCCCGGGUAGAGAUUUUGUAUCUAAACGUACUUUAAAUGUCAAAAUCUGUUUCAUUGUGAAUUUCAAAUAAUGAACGCGUUGUUAGGCUCAUUUUUGAAAUGCUGGUAUAACACCUCACUGUUACACCAUGGUGUUUAACCUGACAGUAAACAAGUUUUAUUAAAACCCGUCAUUUAAACUGUCAAUGUUAUUAAUUAAAGACAACUUGAGGUCUGAUUUACAUUUGAACCCUUUACCACUGUAAAGUGUCCGAUGAUGAUUAAUUCCAAUUAAAGUGUAUGAAAAUGUGCAUGGUAGAAGAAUACAGGUAAAUGCAUCAACGCUUGGGAAUAUUGGUAUGUCAAAAUUUUCAAAAUGUUUUGUCAAAAAUAAGUAGAUUUUUAUAAGUUUUCUUUUACGACGUCAAUCGGAGGUUGUGAUGAUAUGUAUUUUUGAACGAUAUUUACAAAUUUUAAUACCUUUUCUUUCAAAAAUUUCAAUUCCAAAAUUAGUUUGACAGUUCAUUGUCCCAUGAGAUGUGUCAAUGCGAUUACCUGUAUAAUUCUAAAAUGUAUGUGAAUCAGAUUAAGGUCAUUCGUAAACAUUUAUCACUGAAAACAGAUCCAAUAUGAACGUAUCAGGCUUUAUAAAGCCUUAUUUACACCAAACAUAUUUUCGUAAAACGAGUUAUUUGGAUUGUCAAUCCCAU